AUGGAGGUCGACGAGGGCGACAUCGUGACCCUGAUCGGGGCCAACGGCGCGGGAAAGAGCACGACGCUCCGCGCGGUCUCGGGCCUCGUGCGCGCAAGUCGGGGCGAGAUCUGGUUCGAUGGCGCGCGCAUCGACACGCUGCCGGCCGACGCGGUGGUCAAGCGAGGCAUCGCCCACGUGCCCGAGGGGCGGCGCGUCUUCCCUGAACUCACCGUCUACGAGAACCUGAACACAGGUGCCUUCCUCCGGCGAGACAAGGAGGGGAUCAAGCAGGACCUCGAAAACGUCUACGAGCGCUUUCCGCGCCUCAAGGAGCGGCGCACCCAAUACGGCAAGACGCUAUCCGGCGGUGAGCAGCAGAUGCUGGCGAUCGGUCGUGCGCUCAUGGCACGGCCCAGGCUGCUGCUGCUCGACGAGCCCUCCCUCGGCCUCUCGCCGGUGAUGGUGCAGGAGAUCGCGAAGAUCAUCGUCGACAUCAACGCCCGCGGCGUGCCCGUGGUGCUUGUCGAACAGAAUGCGGAACUUGCGCUCAAGCUCGCGCGCUACGCCUAUGUGCUGGAGACCGGCCGCGUCGCGCUGGAAGGCGAGGCACAGCAGAUCCGCAACGACCAGCACGUCCGCAAGGUGUAUCUCGGCGGCUAG